CAAAACCUGAGAGCACAAAACCAUGUUGUCACCAACUUCACACUUGCCAAUUUUAAUCCUCCUGUUAUCAGUUUCAUUGGCAGCUCCAGCUUCAAUUGAUGAAAAUUUUGUCCAAUGUCUCAGCUUCUAUUCAGACAAAGCAGCUCCAUUUUAUGCAUCAAUUUACACUCCAAAAAAUGCUUCAUUUACCAACUUCCUUCAAUCCUCUGCACAGAACCUAAGGUAUUUGGUGCCUUCAGCACCAAAACCUGAGUUUAUAUUCACACCCUUGACAGAUUCUCAUGUCCAACUGGCUGUGACAUGCUCAAAGAAACUUGGUAUUCAUCUGAGAGUACGAAGUGGUGGCCAUGACUAUGAAGGACUCUCGUAUGUUUCUGAAGUUGAAAGCCCUUUUAUCAUAGUUGAUUUGUCUAAGCUUAGAGCCAUCAAUGUUGAUAUUGAUGACAACAAUGCUUGGAUUCAAGCUGGUGCCACUAUUGGCGAAGUCUAUUAUAGAAUAUCUGAGAAAAGUGCAGUUCAUGGCUUCCCUGCAGGCCUUUGCACAAGCUUAGGCAUUGGGGGGCACAUUACAGGUGGUGCAUAUGGAUCCAUGAUGAGAAAGUAUGGCCUUGGAGCUGACAAUGUCUUAGAUGCAAGAAUAGUUGAUGCCAAUGGCAAAAUCCUUGAUAGGGAAGGCAUGGGGGAAGACCUAUUUUGGGCUAUUAGAGGAGGUGGAGGAGCAAGCUUUGGUAUCCUUCUUUGGUGGAAGAUAAAGCUGGUUCCUGUGCCAGAAACUGUGACAGUUUUUACAGUUACAAAAACUCUAGAGCAAGAUGCAACCAAGGUUAUUCAUAGGUGGCAGGAAGUGGCACCCUAUAUUGAUGAGGAUCUCUUCAUCAGAGUCAUCAUCCAACCAGCUACAAUUGCAAACAAAACUGAGAGAACUAUCACAACUUCUUACAAUGCUCUCUUUCUUGGUGGUGCUGAAAGACUCCUCCAAGUCAUGAAGGAUAGUUUUCCUGAAUUGGGCUUGACCAAAAGAGAUUGCUUGGAAACUAGCUGGAUAAAAUCAGUGCUCUAUAUUGCUGGUUAUCCAAAUGAUACUCCUCCUGAAGUUCUUCUUGACGGGAAAUCAACAUUCAAGAACUACUUCAAAGCCAAGUCAGAUUUUGUGAGAGAACCAAUACCAGAAACUGGGCUUCAAGGAUUAUGGCAAAGGUUGCUAGAAGAGGAUAGUCCUUUGAUGAUUUGGAACCCAUAUGGUGGAAUGAUGAGCAAAUUUUCAGAAUCUGAUAUUCCCUUCCCUCACAGAAAUGGAACACUUUACAAAAUCCAGUACUUAUCUCUUUGGCAAGAAGGGGAUAAGAAUGCCUCAAAGCAUAUAGAUUGGAUUAGGAAGCUUUACAACUACAUGACUCCUUAUGUGUCUAAGUUCCCAAGGGAAGCAUAUGUGAACUAUAGAGAUCUUGAUUUGGGAAUGAACAAGAAGAACAGCACAAGCUACAUACAAGCAAGUGCUUGGGGCAAUAUGUAUUUCAAGGAUAAUUUUAACAGGUUGGUGAAAAUAAAGACCAGAGUGGAUCCUGAUAAUGUGUUCAGGCAUGAGCAGAGCAUUCCACCGCUUCCAGUUUCAAAUAUGAGGCUAAAAGACAAGAAAUGUAAGACAUGGGAAUAAGGCAUUGUAUCGCUAGUCAUUGGGGGGGGGGGGGGGGGGGGGUUUCUAUAAAUUUGUUAUGGGGUUGAUUAGCUAAUCUAGAUGAAUAAA